GAAUGCGGCUCUGGACGAGGCGCGCGCCGGCGCGGCGGAGGGCGGAAUCCCAAUAGGCGCCGCGCUCGCGGACGGCAACCAUCUGUGGCGACCGGUCGAAAUCGCAGACUGCAAGACUCGGUCUCCAUAAUGCAUGCCGAGAUAAAUUGUCUCUAUAAUGCGAGCCGCAAUGGCGUGCAGAGCUUCCGUGGAAUGACAAUGUACUCCACGCUCAUACCCUGCCAUAUGUGCGCGGGAGCGAUCGUGCAGUUCGGCAUAACGAGGGUUGUCGCCGGGGAGUCCAGUAAUUUUCGGGAAGCGAAUGGACUCGGGACAUUGACGCGGCACGGCGUCGAAGUCAUCGAUCUGGACAUGGAUGACGCCAAGCAAUUGCUGGGUCGAUUCAUCGAUGCGAAACCGGAGCAGUGGAACGAAGACAUUGGUAGGUAG